AUGUUAGCCGAGAAGGUGCAGGACUUGAAUGAUCUCGAGCUCGCGGUCCUCGUUUGCCUUGUGACUGAACAGCAUUGCAUCGUUCAGACUGAAGGGCAAUUGCUCGAUAAUAUUGAGCAAGAGCUGAAGCUGAUCGCUACUAAUAUUUUCGGUCUCACAUGGGCGGUGCUUGAAUGUGAUGGCCAAACCACACUUGAUGACUUUGGUUAUGGCAUUCUCGCACAAGAUGAGGCCAAUGACUAUUUUAGUAGUAAGGGUGAAGCAAGCAACGUAAAGUUUUCAUCACUGUCUGGAUCACCGAAGAGGCCUGACCGUCGCAUCUCGAAGACGCCCAAUGCGUUCACACAACUUGACGGUAGAAGGAUUGCGAAUAUUGUCGUUGCAAAAAAUCUGAAUCAAGCAAGCUCUCAAGUUCAGGUCCAGGCUCUUGAGCUCAUGAGAGGCAAGCGAAACUUUACCAGAACUGCUGUUCAUGCCGCUCCUAGACCUUUUCUGUUCGUUGCAUUGAAUAUAUCGAACACGCCCCAUUUGGCGAUGCACCUAAAUGACCAGUUCUUCAUCUCGCACCACCAUUACUUUGAAGAUGGCCUCCCUAACAUGGAGGAGCAACAGGAGAAGGAGCGUGUUCUAGAAGACGAUCGGUCCACUUCUUCCGUCCAUACAUCUUCCCUCGAGCUUGCAAAGCGCACUCCGCAGACAGCUUUGUUCUCGACAGAGGAUCUCGCAAUAUUCACUAAUCGCAUGGCAGACGUCAAAAUCAGCUCCGACGUUCGUGCAUAUUUACACAAUAUAGUAGUCUUUAUGAGACUUCAUCGAGCUGUCGCCGGUGGCAUCUCUGCAAUGGCCACAAGACACUUCAAUACCCUGGCAUAUGCUCUUGCACCUCUCCAUGGUCUCAAUUACAUCUCGCCAUCGAUGGUGGCCCUUGCUGCUCGAAAAAUCUAUCCGCACCGCAUCAUCAUCACCGCGCCAGAGAAUGAACGGAGUUUGCAGUGGGGAAGCUCCCUUGAUGCGGUGAAGGCUGUUCUGGACGGCGUGACUGCUGACGAUGUCGUGGAAGAAGUGCUGCAGUCCGUCGAGGUACCACUCUGA